AUGGAAUCUGUACCUACCUUCAAGGCUAUCGAACUAGAGUUCCCUCAGCCAGAGAUAGCAGUAAUUUCCCUGAAUAGGCCAAAGAAGCACAACGCCAUGAACUGGGUAAUGUUUGAAGACCUCAAAACUGCCUUUGAGCAUAUUAAUUCCCUUCGUGACGUCAGAGUCGUAGUUCUUAAGGGAAACGGCAAGUCAUUCACCUCUGGCUUAGAUAUUAUGGAUGCGAACAAUAAUAUCACUGGCAAAGUUGGGGAAUAUAGUGAAGAUGUAGGUAGGAAAGCCAUCCUCUGGCACAAGAUGCUCAAGAUACUCCAAGAUUCCAUGACUGCUGCUGAGAAAUGUAGAAUGCCGGUUAUAGCAGCUAUCCAUGGACAUUGUGUAGGAGCUGGGCUUGAUCUAUCAUCUGCUUGUGAUAUCAGACUUGCUUCCAAGUGUGCAAAGUUCACUAUUAAAGAAGUAGAUAUUGGCUUGGCCGCAGAUAUUGGAACUCUUCAAAGAUUCCCUAAAGUCAUUGGAAAUGAUGCUUGGGGUAGAGAAUUAGCAUUUACCGCUAGAGUUUUUGGAGCUGAGGAAGCUCUUGAAAAUGGCUUAAUCAGUCACUAUUACGAGAACAAAGAAACAUUAUUUGACGAAGCUUUAAAACUAGCACAGGUUAUUGCAUCAAAGAGCCCUGUAGCUCUUGUCGGAUAUAAAGAAGGACUUAACUUCUCUAGGGACCACACCAUCGAAGAUGGUCUCAAGCACGUCAGAACAGUCAACACAGCCCUACUCCAGAGUGAAGACAACAUGAUCGCUGCAAUGGCACUACUCAGUAAAGAAAUUCCAAAAUUCUCAAAGCUAUAACUCAAAAUUCCACUCCAGAUUCAAUAUUCUCA